CUAAGACUUAGUAAGAGGUAGUAAAAGGUAUAACCUAAUAAUAGGCUGGCAUUUUGACCUCAUCCCUUUUGCCUUCUUCCCCACACACCACUGGAAUGUGCCCCCCAAGAGCUUCUCCAAAAUGGCUCUUGGCCCUCAUGCUGCUCCAUGAGGUCAUGAUCUCUUCUCGCUCCAUGCAGGUGAUCUGUGGCCAAGAUGAGACAACAGAAGAGGAGGAGGAAGAAAAUGGAAAAUCACCCAAAGAACAACAAAGAUCCAGGGUACAAAAGAAAAAAGGGCAGCUCUCCUUGAAGUCCUCUACAGUCCCUUCUCAAUUUCAGAACACAACUCUGCUGGAGUUGGCCUCCUCUGAUACCCAAGAGUUUUGGAACGUCUUAGAGAGCUUGUCCAAGCAGGACCAAGGCAUGAAAUCGCGUGGCCGGAGGGGCUUCAGUGGCCCCAGUCAGAUUAAGAAAAUCUUUGGCUGGGGCGAUUUCUACUCCAACAUCAAGACAGUCAAGCUAAACCUCCUGAUCACCGGCAAAGUGGUGGACCAUGGAAAUGGUACAGUGAAUGUCUUUUUCCGUCACAACUCCACCGGGCAGGGGAACAUCUCUGUCAGCCUGGUUCCCCCAAACAAAGCAGUGGAGUUUGAUCUUGAACAGCAAAUCUUCAUUGAGGCCAAAGAAUCCAAGAUCUUCAACUGCCGGGUGGAGUUCGAGAAAGUGGACAGAGCCAAGAAGACCACCCUGUGCACUUACGACCCUUCCAAAACCUGCUUCCUGAACCACACGCAAAGCCAAGUCUCCUGGGUUUGCUCCAAGCCCUUCAAGGUUAUCUGCAUCUACAUCACCUUCUACAGCAUAGACUACAGGCUUGUGCAGAAAGUGUGUCCUGACUACAACUACCACAACAACGUUCCCUAUUACCCCUCUGGGUGAUGGUGCUUCUCAGAAGCAUCCCAUGACUCAAGCACAACUUGAUUUGGGGUUGGGGAAGAAAGAAAACAAGGACCACACAGAGGUCACAGGGAAGAAGAUUGCCUGCCUCUCUCCAGUGCCAGGCAAACCAACC